AUGAGGCACGCGCUCCGCUUUGUCGUCACCAUCACCAUCCACAAAUUCCUCCUCCAUCAUGAAGCCACCGAGACGGACAAGGUGCAGCUCGGCCAAGCGAGUCACCGCCCACGUCCUCUUAUCAUUCCUCGCACUAUCGCCCAUCACUGUGUCCGCUUUCGGACCACCGCCUCUACCUAUCCCCAACUUCGACGACAUACUCCUCUCCCCGCGCCGCCGGGCUCUUCGAGACCACACGGCCCCGAACCCGCCGAGCACGCCUUUAGCCUUCGGCACAUCUUCCACCAUGGCACUUACAAGUACCCGCAUCUGCACAAACGAAAGGACGUUCACCCGAAUACCCAGGUGAUGCUGCUGGCCGAGGACGGAUACGACGAACUAUCGAUACCUCAACGCCUCAAGGUCAAGAGCAGCGGCACGCGCAUUGAGCGGCUCAAGGACCGGCGCCCAUCCAUUGUCGACCCCUUGGUUGCGGAGAGCAGGCGGAAUGGGCACGUGGGCAUCUUUGGGCCGUCGGCCUGGACCGUCGACGAUAUCCCGGCCCCGAACGUGACGGACAAGGAAACGGUCCUGAACCUGGCUCUUAUCGCCUCCAACGCCUACGUAGAAGACGAGGACGGCGCCGACUGGGAAAUCAUCCGCGACCCGUACAAGCACGGCGUGAGCUUCGGCUGGGAGCUGGACGGUCUUCGGGGCCACGUCUGGGCUGAUGAACGAAACGACACCAUCAUUAUCGGACUCAAAGGAACGUCGCCUGCCCUGUUUGAUGGGGAAGGGACGACGACCAACGACAAGGUCAAUGAUAAUCUGUUCUUCAGCUGCUGUUGCGCCCAGCAAGGACAGUGGUCGUGGACCAAGGUCUGCGACUGCGCCACGGGGACGUAUAGCUGCAACAACACCUGUGUCCGGCAACAGCUGUACGACGAGCACCGCUACUACACGGCCGGCCGCGAGCUAUACUCCAACAUCACCGAGAUGUACCCGAGCGCCAAUGUCUGGCUCGUCGGUCACUCGCUCGGUGGCGCCGUCAGCUCCCUCCUCGGCUUGACCUACGGCCCGUUUGGGUCUCCCGGUGCCCCCGGCGCAGACCCGGGUGCUCCCCAGGCCAGGGAACAUACCGGCACCUACCAUUUCGGGCACACCGCGGAUCCCGUCUACAUUGGCACCUGCAACGGUGCCACCUCCACGUGCUCAUUCGGGGGCUACGCCAUGGAGUCCGUGUGCCAUACCGGCUACGAAUGCACGUACGACGUCGUCGCAGACAAGGGCUGGCGCGUCGGCAUCGGCACGCACAAGAUCCGGGCCGUGAUCCACGACGUGAUUAUGAAGUACGACACGGUGCCCGAAUGCGUGCGCACUCCCGAAUGCCGGGACUGCGCCAACUGGAAGAUGUACGAGAGCAACGGGACCGAGACCACGACGCGGUCUACGUCGACGACCCACAGCAAGACGCUCACGAGGACCACAAGGACGGCGACCUGCGAGACGCCUGGCUGCACGUCGUCGACCUCGACGUGCAAGACUCCGGGCUGGUUUGGCUGCAAGGACAAGACGACCACGACGGAGGAGGUGACCAUCACGACCACCCGGCCCGUGACGACGAUCCCCAAAGAGACGACGACCUGUCUCACGCCCGGGCGCUUCUGGGGCUGCUACGACGACGACAUCACUGUGACGGACGGCACCACGACUCGACCCAUCUCUUCCUUCACCCCCACGAUCACAUCGACCUCUGCUUCCACCACCGAGGCUUCGUCGACAACCGAGCCUCCGCCGGGGAAACGUGUGUCCGCUGGUCUUGGGUAG